GUGCAAAGGGUGGUCGUGAUCUUUCCAUUGGCACCUACCUUUGCAGCAUCCUUUUGGAGCCAGAACCAAAUAGCUAUGGUGGGAUGGGAAUGGCUUCACAGCUGAGAAGCGACCGUGCCUCCCCCGGGUCUGCAUGGACAACGCAGCAGGCUGGCAGCACUGCCCUGCCUGUGUGUGCACCGUGAAAGGGAGAGGAUAACUCGCAGGUGGAAAGGGGUCUGAUCCUGACUUUAUUGCUCUAAAACAUUGCUGUUGACUCCAACUGGGAAGCAAUGCCCCAUUCAUGCAGGCAUCAGUUCAAACAGCUAUACUGUAAGGCUUGUACAGGUGCUUGGAGGGCAGUUUCCUUCCUACAAAGAAACGCUCCUUCGGUUCCUGAUGCUGUUUCUCAUGGCCUUAGUAUGUCUGACCCGUUUCUCACUGUGCCUAAAUCUGGCCAUGGGAAGAUCCAGCCUCAACCACAGCCCGCUGCUUGUUGAGGCACGCACACCACAGCUCCACUCUUUCUGAAACACCCUUUGUUGUCCCUCCUGGGGAGGAGUUGCGGCAACCAACUUCCCUUGACUCAUGCAAGGCAACGCGGCGAUAACCCACCCGUGUAUUGCCGCUCGUGACUGUGGCUGAUCCUUUAGCGCAGCAACAGGACUCACGAGAAGUUUUUCCAGCGAGGUGUAUUCGGUACCAGAGCUCUCACCUGGGGCAAACCAGGUGUGGCUGAAGACCUGCUCCUUGUAAAGGGUGCCCCAGGCUGGGGGUGAGGGAAGGCUCCCAGGGCGAUGCCGGGAAGGAGGGAUGGAGUAAGCAGCGACAGGCCAGGCUAUACAGGGGUCACGGUGACCAGCUGCACUGAUGUGCGUAGCCCACGGCAGAGGAGCAAGGGGAUGGAUAAUUUUAUCUAUUUCCUGCGGAGCCCUGAGAGGCAGCUGGGUUGGCUCCAGAGCGAGCAGAGGCAGCAAGCUGGGAGGCAGGCACUGCGGUGGGUCAGACCAUGGCUGGUGCUGGGGGACCACCAGCCGGAUCGCGUGGGUUGGGGUGCUGCGUGGGGCCACAGCUCCCGGGUGCCACAGACAGCUAUGUGCUGCUGCGAGGGGCUCCGGCAGACAACUUGCACUGAUUAUGCCAUUUAGUUUUCAUUUUAAUGAAUCCUUUAAACAUUUCAAACAUAUCUCUGACCUUCUUGAGCGCAGUUAGAGCAACAAUUAAUGCCAGCACCUCAUAAAUCCCAGCAAUGUCCCCUCUGGUGCUAGCUCAGUAAAGGCUCUGAUUGUGUGGUGACUGCCAUAACAUUGCAAUGUGGCAUCUGACCCCUGGAAAGAUCAGGCAGGUCUCUUUAAAAACCUCCAAAUUUCUAUGAAAUGUGAAGUUUUUCAGCAAAGCCGCCGUGAGGCUGCCAAGGAGUUAGGCAUUCCGGAGGCAGACAGGCUCCCGUGCACUUAGAAGUCCAGCCCCCUGGCACGUGUGCCGCAGGACCGCUCCUCUGACGCCGCACACCUUCCCGCGGGGAGCCCCGAUGUCCCACCUCGGAAUGGCUCUGCGGCGGCUCUGCGCUCUCUCCGUGGCACUGCUGUGGGGCUGCCUGGCAUCCACCUCCCACCGCAAGGCAGUUGCUCCCCCACAAGACCUUCAGAUCACAGAUCCUGGACUCUUAGGUUCUCUCGAUGUGGAGUGGAAGCCCCCACCCAACGUACAAACCAUCAGUGACUGCACAGUGAGGUAUAAGUUUGAAUAUCGCAACACUGGUGACAGAGACUGGAAGGUUAUUUUUACUAGGAAGCUAAAAUUCAGAGUUGGAUUUGACCUCAGCAGGACUGCUGAAGUGAAGGUACAGACACUGCUUGAAGGACAGUGUACCAAUGACAUGGAGGUGCAAAGUGACUGGAUUUAUGCUACUUUUCAGGUCCCAUUGCAAGGAAAACUGGAAUCAGAGGUUCAGAAUUUCCAUUGCAUCUAUCACGACUGGGAAUACCUCAAGUGCAUCUGGCAACCCGGUCUCCUCGCUCCUCGUGGUGUACAUUAUGAACUCUAUUAUUGGUAUGAGGGGCUGGACCGCGCAGCACAGUGUGAUGACUAUAUUCAGGAUCACGGUAUAAACAUCGGCUGCACGUUGCAAAAUCUGAGCCAGGCAGAAUAUAAGGAUCUGAGCAUUUGUGUCAACGGCUCAGCGGCAGCCACUCUGCUACGGCCAUUGUACAUCACCCUUCGCCUUCACAACCUAGCAAAGCCCUCACCCCCGAAACAUCUGGUGGUUUCCAUGUCUGCAUCUGAGGAGCUCCACGUGGCAUGGAGCCCACCGGGUGGCGAAACACCACCCCAGUGCCUGGAGUAUGAGGUUCAGCUGACAGAAGAUGCGAGGGGGGCCAAGGCUGCCUGGGCGUCUGUGUCAACCCAAAUGGAGACCGCUUUAACAAUUUCCAGAGCAAAUCAAAGCCGCAUUUCAUGUGUUCGUGUCAGGGGGAGAACAAACAUUUUCUGUGCUGACCAGGGCUUUUGGAGCGAAUGGACACAGGAGUGUUUCUCUGUGUCCAGAAAAGAAGACAAGCAACUAUUUAUCCUCAUUCCACUCAUUCUGAGUUUGUCAAGUAGCCUCAUGGUAUUUAUGUUGAUUGGCCAGUGCAAGAAAAGAUCCCCAGCAGGAAAGCCAUUGCAUGCAUCUGUGGGAUGCUAGCUCUGCUUGCGACUGCUGUACCGCUUGUGUUUGAUGGAGCGCUUUCAGAACAUCAUCCCAAGGACAGCCGAGAAGCCCUGAGCUUUCUAUAGCCCAUGUGGGUCUUCCCUACCUGCUGCCAUUUGCAAGGCUGGUGACUGCAAUUCAAGUCCUCAACAGGCCCAGGAAAACAUUGGAGGAGUUUUAAACUGACUCUGGAGCAAGCUGUUUCUGAUAACAGGGCAAGGGAGAAAAAAGAGGCAGUGGAAACUGCCAUGAAUAAAGAUAACAUGUUGUUCUGUG